GUGAGGAAAGACAGCGUCAAAGAUGGACUACGAAUCACAAGGCCUCCUCCAUGAGAUGUUCACUCGACAGGCCCGACUUACCCCGAACAAGACAGCACUCUUCUCGGCGGAGGGGCGACAGGCCACGUUCAGACAGCUGGACGAAUGGACGGACGCGCUGUCUGAGAAUUUACGUUACAGAGGCGUGGUACCUGACAGAUGUGUCGCCAUAUACAUAGAAAAAAGUAUCGAGUUUGUUGUGGCGUACAUAGCAAUUUUAAAAUCAGGAGGCGCUUAUUUGCCCAUUGACACAUCGUAUCCUGAUCAUCUGGUACAGACAGUAUUCGAGGACGCCGAUCCAGUUGCCGUAGUAGCUUCGACAGAAUUCGCCAACAAAUUACAAGGUGUUUCCAAUGUAAUAGAACUAGGAGAUGGAUGGUUUGAGAGAGUGCAAGAGGAGAACAGACAGAACCCGGACCCUGGACCCCCUCCAGUUCCGACCCUGGACAACCUGGCAUACAUCGUGUAUUCAUCGGGAACCACCGGCAAACCCAAAGGAAUCAUGUGUCCGCACCGAGGGGCGGUGUUUUCGUAUCACUGGCGCCACACCCAGUACCCGUACACGGAGGACGAUAGGGAGGCCUGCAACAUUUUCUUCGUCUGGGAGAUGCUGCGACCACUACUCAAGGGUAUUCCCAUGUACAUAAUUCCAAACACAGUCAUCUAUGAUCCGCCAUUGUUGUGCAAGUUCAUCGAGGACCAUAAAAUCAGCCGCAUUCUGUAUACACCCUCAUUGCUGGAGACUAUUCUCAACACACCGAAAAUCGACCUGCCUCAAGCUUUUGCAAGCCUCAAGCAAAUUUGGUUCUGUGGGGAAGUCGUCACCACGGUUCUUCUGGGGCGAUGCAUCAAGCAGUUGCCAUGGAUACAGUUUGUGAACCUGUACAGUGUGUCUGAGUGUCAUGACACGGCCUGUGAAGACCUGACCGCCUAUUACAAGAAACACAAGGGAAAGCUGAUGUCACGGAAGUUUUGUCCAGUAGGUACAUUGCUGCCAGGCGUCAAGGUUGUAAUCCUGAAUCAAGAUCACCAGUGUCAACCAGUGGGAGUAUCAGGGGAGAUAUUUGUUGGAGGUCCUACUUUGGCACGUGGAUAUGUGAAUCGUCCCGACAUUCAGGCCCUUCGAUUCAUCCGCCGACCAGAGAGUGUUCCAGAGUCGUGUGGUGAUCGUCUGUACAGGACUGGUGACUGGGGCUACUUGCUGUCGGACGGCUCUUUGGAGAUCUGUGGACGGUGCGACUCCAUGGUCAAAAUCAGAGGAUAUUCCAUAGAAAUACAGGCUGUCGAGUCGAACCUGUUGGCCUUGCCUAUGGUCCACGCAUGCGUUGUCUUGGUGCUGGGAGAGGAAGGGGAAAACAAGUUCUUGGUAGCUUAUAUUGUUCCUGAAGGUGACACAUCGAAGAAAGACGUGAGGGCAGCACUGAAAAGAAGGUUGCCAUUCUACAUGAUUCCAUCAUUCUUUGUCUUCCUCAAAACAAUACCGGUCUUAGCAGCUUCGGGUAAACUUGACAAAAAGGCGUUGCCUCCUUUUGACCAACAAUCUGUAACUGGUGUAGAGGGCGCUCCAGCUACAGAAACUGAGAUCAAACUGGCCAGCGUCUGGACUGACAUUCUUCAGAUUAAAGAGAUUGAUAUUCACGAAAGCUUUUUUGAUCUUGGAGGACAUUCUUUAUUUGCUGUUCAACUUCUGAACAAAAUACGCGAGGACUUCCAGAUCCUGAUCUUUAUACACGAUCUGUUCACGUACCCUACAGUCUUCAGCCUUGGCAAACUAAUUGAUGCCAAACUUGGGACCACAAAGAUACAAAAUGGUCGCAAUGGCGCCCAAGACAGCUCUGAAGGUGUCAAAGAAAGUGAUUUAAAGCCAUCAUUAGAUCUCCAGGCAGAAGUGAACAGUCAUGACCAGGGUGUUGUCAACUUGGACAUCCAGCUUCGAGCAUUCUGGCGGACAUUUCAUCACGGACAUCACUUCCACACAGGACGCGUCUUGCUCACUGGAGCCACGGGCUUCUUGGGUGCAUUCCUCCUCAAAGAAUUGCUCCUGCAUACAAAGUUGCUGGUGUACUGUCUGGUGAGAGAGACGCCUCACUCGUCGGAGAUGGAGCGAGUGAAGAAGACUCUCGGACAGUUUGGUAUAACCUGCGACCAGGCAGGCAAACAAACAGACGAGCAACAGACACUAGAGCAGGAGCUGGGGAAACGAGUCACAGCCUUGAAAGGCAAUAUAGCACUAAUGAACAUGGGACUGAACGAGGAUGACUACACCUACCUCUGUACUGACAUUGACUUCAUCAUUCACGCUGCUGCAGCGGUCAAUCUCGCCUACCCCUACAGCGCACUUCAUGGACCAAAUGUUCUUGGUACUGGAAACAUUGUGCUCUUUGCUUCAACGGGUAAAGUGAAGCCUAUUCAUUAUAUUAGUACUGACGCCGUGUUUCCUAACGGGAUGAAACAGUGUUCAGAAGAUGACGAUAUCUCUAGUUACCAUGACAAACUUCAAGAUGGCUACUCUCAAUCAAAAUGGGUUGCUGAGCAGCUGGUGCAGAGGGCAGGCCAGAGGGGACUUCCGGUCACCAUCUAUCGAUUAGGAAAUAUGGCCGGUGAUCGACAGAAUGCUUUCUGGAAUCCUCACGACCUGACCCUGUUGAUUCUGCAGGCCUGUGCCAAGCACGGCGUAGCGCCUGAUGUUGACUGGCACGUUGAAAUGACGCCAGUUGACUUCGCCGCUCACGUUAUCGUCAGACUUACUCAAGAUCCGCCGUCGUCCAUGAGGAAAAUAUUCCACAUAAUUAACACAAACCCCUUGAAAUCCAGGUGGAUAUUCGAGUGGAUGUACGCGCACGGGUAUCCACUGGAAUUCGUGUCGUUCUCCAACUGGAGACAGAAGAUUCUGGAGCUUGAAACGUUGGCCAAUGGACACAGCGCACCUCUAAGCCAGCUCUUGGAAUCCUACAUCAGAGACGAGAACUUCUUCUCGAGUUUGAGCAGCUACAGAAAUGAGAAUUUGUUAAACGUUCUGUCUGCCCUUGGUCUGGACUACGCCUACAUUGACACUAAUCUCCUGAAGACGUACUUCGAUAAGCUGUCAGCUAGAAAAGUCAUUGUGAAGAAUCGAUCAGCAAGCAUGUCCACAGGUGUGUCUCCACUACAAGGAAAGGUUGCCAUUGUGACGGGGGCAUCAAGUGGAAUUGGGUCUGCAACUGUUCGUGCUCUUGCCCGGAAUGGCGUUAAGGUUGCCAUGGCAGCAAGGAGAGUUGACCGCAUGAAGGAUCUAGAGCAUGCAGUGAACGCUGAUGGAGGAAUAGCGAUACCAGUGAAAACCGAUGUCCUUAACAGGGAGGAUGUGUUGGAGCUGGUUCGGCACACAGAAUCCACGCUGGGUCCAGUUGACAUCCUAGUGAACAAUGCCGGUGUGAUGUACUACACACUGAUGAAGAACAUUAACCUUGAUCAGUGGGAUACACAGAUUGAUGUUAACUGCAAGGGAGUCACCAACUGUAUUGCUGGAGUUCUUCCAGGAAUGCUCAGCAGAGGUCAAGGUCAUAUUGUCAACAUGUCUUCUAAUGCAGGGAAAAUGGGAUUUCCGGGCUUAGCUGUAUAUUCUGGAACAAAGUUUUUCAUUGAGGGUGUAUCACAAGCUCUUCGCCACGAAGUAAAGAGUUCAGGGGUCAAGGUCACCUGUAUUCAACCCGGAGAUGUGGAGACAAAUCUGAUCAAACUUACAACAGAUGAAGAAGCUAAAGAAAAAUAUGAUGGCAGCAGUUCAUGUAAAAUUCUGGAUCCAGAAGACAUUGCCAACGCUAUUGUGUAUGCUGUCAGCCAACCUGACUAUGUAGCUGUAAAUGAAAUAUUGAUUGAACCAAGGGAACAGCCAAUUUAAUUGUACAGUGCAGUGACUGAACCAAGGGAACAGCCAUUUUAAUCAUACAGUGCAGAAUGAACCAAGGGAACAGCCAGUUUUAUUAUACAGUGCAGAAUGAACCAAAGGAACAGCCAUUUUAAUUGUACAGUUUUGUUUUCGAACCAAGGAAAAGGCCUAUUAAUUAGCCAAUUAUGUUAUACAGUGUAAUGAGUGAAGGACCCCCCCCCCCCAGCCA